CGAAUCGGCGGUCAUCGAUAGUAGCGAUUGGGCCUCUCGUCUGAUCGUGCCGGUCUGUCCUAUCUGUGAUUAUUGCACCCGGUCUAGUGGAGAUAUUCUUCCGUGCUGGUCACUGUUUUGCUCAAGGGAACCAUUGCGAUAGCGGUCACUGCCAGUGACAAGUUGAACCGGUUCUACAGCAUUCGGAAUGAGGCGAUCCGUUUUGCUAUCUUGUGCGCUGCUUGUGUUCGCAUUGGCUGGGGCCAAUGCCGAAGAUGGCGAUCUGGACUCUCUCAUCAAUAGUUUGUUUACCUCGUCGCCCGGUACCAUCAUCGCCACAAGCACAGCAGCACCUGCACCAACAUCUCCUCCGAUAGGCACACAGGCUGCUUGCCUGCCUGGACAACGCUGUGUUCAAAGGUAUCUCUGCACAAACGAUUCAACCAGUGGGGCUGGGUUGAUUGAUAUUCGUUUUGAUAAUGACAAUCCUUGCGUUAAUUACCUAGCAGGUUGUUGCUAUGAAGAAGAUAUCAUCUCUUCUCCACCAACGGUACCAGUUUUGGAUAACCCGACAUGCGGAAAACGUAACCCCGAUGGAAUUGGAUUCCGAAUUACUGGUGCUAAAGACGAAUCGGAAUACGGAGAAUUCCCAUGGAUGAUUGCGGUAUUGAAGCAAGAACAAGCCUUGGGCCAGGUUGUUAACGUUUUCCAAUGCGGUGGAUCCCUGAUACAUCCUAGUGUUGUUCUGACGGCGUCUCACUGCGUUCAAAACAAGUCACCUGCUCAAUUGAAAAUUCGCGCCGGAGAAUGGGAUACUCAAACCAAGAACGAAGUAUUUCCCCAUCAGGAUCGCCAAGUUGUUGACAUAGUAGUUCAUCCUGAUUAUUACAAAGGAGGUCUGUACAACGAUAUCGCGCUGUUGUUCUUGGAGUCUCCUCUCAAACUAGAUGAGGGAAUCCAAACAGUUUGUCUGCCACCACCAAAUGCGAAAUUCGACCUGCAGCGAUGUUUCGUUUCGGGUUGGGGAAAAGACGUGUUCGGCAAGACGGGAUCUUAUCAGGCAAUAUUGAAAAAAGUUGAACUGCCAGUCGUGCCAAACACACAGUGCCAGACUGCACUGCGGUCCACCCGUUUGGGGCCGAAAUUUGUGUUGCACAACAGUUUUAUGUGCGCCGGUGGAGAGAUUGGAAAAGAUGCAUGCAAAGGAGAUGGAGGUUCCCCGCUCGUGUGUCCCAUACAGGGAUCGGCUCAGAGCUAUCACCAGACCGGCAUCGUUUCGUGGGGUAUCGGAUGCGGCGAAGAGACACCUGGAGUGUAUACCGACGUGGCAAGUUUUAGAAACUGGAUAGACCAACAAAUGCAAAGCCGACACUUCGACGCGAGUAGCUACACUCUGUCGUAAACUCCAGCGCGAUUGAUAGUCUUCGACCCAGAUUCUUGAACGGUUUCUGUCUUCCUAUCUAAUAUUAAACCUGCUCGAUUCAACCGUUUGUUUGAUGACCUCGUUAGUCAGUUAUCAAUGCAUGUCGUCCAUGAAAUAAAAACAUCAAUACACAAAUAAAA